GCGGUGAGCGAACGAGUCCCGCGAGUCGAGCGGCGCGCGCCGCACCGACCCACUGUACGAGUGUAUACGCGCGAUAUCGCCCUUGUAAAGUGUAAACACCAGAUGCACAUGUAGCUGCGAUUUAAACAUUUUUUUGUAAAGCUACAUUAACAUUUGUGAAGUUCAAAACAUUUUGUGAAGAAAGUUGACUUUGUAUUUUAAAAAAAACUUUAGUAUUAAAAAAAGGAACUAUGCAGUGCUAUGCGAAGUUGUCGCCGAAGCGCGAGCCUCCGGAGCACGUUUACGAGAUGGAGAUGAUGGGCGGUGCGAGGAGGCUGGAGCUGCCGGCGCCCCCGGGCAAGGAGUUCCGCGCGCCGUGCCUGCUGCCGGCGCCGGCGCCUCCGCCGCAGCCGACGCACUCGGUGAUCCAGUGCAUGCGACCGCCGCCACCACCGCCGCCGCCGCCGCGUCUGCACAAACCUCCCAUCUUUGAGGAACCAUCCAGCUCCAUUCCAGAUCUAGAGUUCGAUGGUACCACAGUGCUAUGCCGCGUCUGUGGGGAUAAGGCGAGCGGCUUCCACUAUGGGGUGCAUUCCUGCGAGGGCUGCAAGGGCUUCUUUCGCCGCUCCAUACAACAGAAGAUCCAGUACAGGCCCUGCACCAAAAACCAGCAGUGCUCCAUCUUGAGAAUUAACAGAAAUCGGUGCCAGUAUUGCCGAUUGAAGAAAUGUAUCGCCGUCGGAAUGAGCAGAGAUGCUGUGCGAUUUGGGCGCGUACCGAAACGUGAGAAAGCCCGUAUCCUGGCGGCGAUGCAACAGUCGUCGUCGUCGCGCGCGCAGGAGCAGGCGGCGGCGGCCGAGCUAGACGACGGGCCGCGGCUGCUGGCGCGCGUGGUGCGCGCACACCUCGACACCUGCGAGUUCACCCGCGACCGCGUGGCCGCCAUGCGCGCGCGCGCUCGCGACUGUCCCACCUACUCUCAACCCACUUUGGCGUGUCCUCUGAACCCAGCGCCGGAGCUCCAGUCCGAGAAAGAGUUCUCCCAGCGGUUCGCUCACGUCAUCCGUGGCGUGAUCGACUUCGCCGGCCUCAUUCCUGGCUUCCAGCUGCUCACGCAAGAUGACAAAUUCACAUUGUUAAAAAGUGGACUUUUUGAUGCUCUGUUCGUGCGUCUAAUUUGUAUGUUCGACGCUCCUCUCAAUAGUAUAAUAUGUCUCAAUGGACAACUCAUGAAGCGAGACUCUAUCCAAAGUGGUGCGAACGCGCGUUUCCUCGUAGAUUCCACCUUUAAAUUCGCCGAGCGCAUGAAUUCCAUGAAUCUGACGGACGCCGAGAUCGGCCUCUUCUGCGCCAUAGUCCUUAUCACUCCGGACAGGCCCGGGCUCCGCAACGUGGAAUUAGUAGAAAGAAUGCACGCGAGGCUCAAAGCGUGUCUCCAGUCUGUCAUUUCUCAAAACAGACCCGACAGGCCUGGCUUCCUCCGGGAAUUGAUGGAUACUCUCCCGGACCUACGCACCUUGAGUACGCUUCACACAGAGAAGCUGGUGGUGUUCCGUACCGAACACAAGGAACUAUUACGGCAGCAAAUGUGGGGAGACGAAGAAGGGUGCUCGUGGGCCGACUCCGUCGUAGAAGAAUCAGCCCGCAGUCCGAUCGGCUCAGUCUCCAGCAGUGAAUCCGGCGAAGCGAUGGGCGACUGUGGCACUCCUUUACUGGCCGCGACCCUCGCUGGACGCCGAAGACUCGAUUCUCGGGGUUCAGUCGACGAAGAAGCGCUGCUCGGUAUGGCACACCUCGCUCACAACGGUCUCACAGUCACUCCAGUGAGGCCCCCGCCCCGUUACCGGAAGUUGGAUUCUCCGACUGACUCUGGUAUCGAGUCCGGGAACGAGAAACACGAAAGAAUCAUCGGACCCGGCUCGGGCUGCUCGAGCCCGCGAUCGUCUCUCGAGGAGCACACGGAGGACAGGCGGCCGACCGCGCCCGCAGACGAUAUGCCAGUUCUGAAACGCGUGCUGGAAGCGCCGCCGCUGUUCGACACUCCCUUGCUCAUGGACGAAGCGUACAAGCGGCACAAAAAGUUCCGCGCCAUGCGCCGCGACACGGGCGAGGCCGAGGGCCGGCCCGUGCCGCUGACGCCGUCGCCGCAGCCGCCGCAGCACCCGCACCCCGCGAGCCCGGCGCACCCGGCGCACUCGCCGCGCCCGCUGCGCGCGCCGCUGUCGUCCACGCACUCGGUGCUGGCCAAGAGCCUGAUGGAGGGCCCGCGCAUGACGCCGGAGCAGCUGAAGCGCACGGACAUCAUCCAGCAGUACAUGCGGCGCGGCGAGCUGGGCGCCGAGUGCCCGCUGCGGCUGCGCUACGGCGGCUCGCCGGCGCCCGAGCCCGCGCUGGAGCUGCAGGUGGAGGUGGCGGACGCGCCGCUCAACCUGUCCAAGAAGUCCCCGUCGCCGCCGCGCGCCUACAUGCCGCGCAUGCUGGAGGCGUGAGGCCGGCCCGCGGAGCCGUACGUCUCCGCUACCCCACCCCGACCUACGUUAAACUAAAUAAACUAUGUAGUUAAUAAUCGUUCGCAAAUUGGUUUAAUAUAUUAUAUGUGAUAAUUCGUUUAAGACGCGUGUGUGAGGGGCCGGUGCCGGACGAGGAGAGCGCAAUAGACUGAAAAAUAAUUUAAGACUAUAUAAGUAUAAUUUAUAAUGCAAUGCAGCGCCGGUCGCGGUGUGUUUGUGUGUGUAUUGUAUGUGCGUAUGUGAGCGUGCUCAGUCAUUUGUUUGUUAAUAUAAUGACAGGUUGUCGAAUUAAAAUAAAACAAACUUGUAAAAAUUA